GCCGGGUGAUGUUUCCAGUUUCACCAAUUGUAAAGUGCGUCACUGCGUGUCCUCGAUUGGCAUCAUCGGUUACCGGCACACAAGUUUUGUGGUUGCACAGUAUUCUGUAUAUCUAUUAAUAUACUCAGAUAAUUGAGCGUCCAGUUGCUGUAAUCGAAAAUGAGUAAAGCACAUCCGCCAGAACUUAAGAAGUACAUGGAUAAAAGACUGUCCCUGAAAUUGAAUGGUGGUCGGCGCGUUGUUGGGAUAUUGAGAGGUUUCGAUCCGUUCAUGAACAUGGUCAUAGACGAGAGUGUGGAAGAAUGCAAGGACGGUACUAAAAACAAUAUCGGAAUGGUGGUAAUCCGUGGCAACAGCGUCAUAAUGUUAGAAGCUUUAGACCGAAUAUAAUAUAUGCUACUAGAAUCUAUCUGUAUCUAAUAUGUGUAUUUUUAAAUAAAUAAUCGACAUUUUUUUUAAGAUAUAAUCAA